AUGCAAGCGGGGUCUUUGUGCUGUGCUAAUGCGCGUGGCUGUAUGGAUUGUGUUGAGCCUAGGCAUGCACCCGGGUGCCCAUAUCCCUUUCACGGGGUGUGUGGAUGCGGCUCGUUUGACGCAGCGGAUAAUGUGCCGCAGUGGAAUCAACAGACAAUGAGUCCGUGCCCGCCACUGCAGUGUGAGCCGGUAACUGAUAAUGUGGGCAUAAGCAUGGAAGAUGUUAGCAGAAGGACUAUUCCCCGCUCCUACAUGAUCCGACCUACAUCAUUUCAUCCGCCACCAGAGCAGCUUCCCAUGUCGAAUUCUUACACCCAUAUUAACCCUCUUUUAGAUGCAGCAGAGAGAGGAGACCCGGUGCCGACGGUUAUUGGGAGUCAGCGUGCUAUAGAGCGGGCACAAACUGUGACUUCUCGGCCGAAUCCAUAUCCAGAUCUCACAGCAACGUUUCCUCGAACGUCGCAGGCCGGGCAAAGGUUCCGUGCUUCUAACUAUCGCAUGUGUCACCCAGACAUGACCGGGUGGGGGGCCACAACACACGUUAGGUAUGUUCCGAACAAGCAAGAGCUAUGUGAGAUGCGCCGCGAGCAGACAAGACUGGAGCACCUGCCAGAGUCCAACUGUCGUUGGAGGCCAUCUCUGGCUUACUCUGACCACCGACCCAGGAUGAAGGAGGACGUACCGAUGAACAAUGAGCGGCGCCCUGUUUCCCGCAACAUUAACCAUAUGUAUAGUGACUAUUAUGCUCGCCCACAUAGCAACCUUGCUCGCACACGGGCUGCAACUGCAGAUCAGAUAGACUACCUCAAUCCUACCUCGACCCAAAUUAAAUCUAGGACAGUAUAUCCUCAACAUCCCAGUAACCAUCCCACUGCAUACUCGGAUUAUAAAUCAAAUCUACGGCCUCAUGAUAAAACUGCGCCUAUCACUGCAACCAAGCCUAAUUUGAUUGAAAGGGAGGCAGAUCUUUUAAAUAAGAGUGUCACUAUCGGAACAUUCACACACAUUAAUCUCGGCGCAACGCCAGCCGGCACUGCACCCCUCAACUGUGUCACCGGAAGGGAGUGCGUCCCAUGUCAAGGCUUUUAG